AUGGACACUUGCCCAAGUAACUUUGACCGCAACGAAGCCACCAACACGUGCUGGGCCGAGUGCCCGCUCGCCUACCCAGUAGAAUGCGGCAUGCAAUGUGUCCGCCAGAACGACGACUGCAUGAUGGACACGCUUAACAAGGUCGGUGCCAUUGGAAACUCGGUGCUGGCUAUUGCUAUUUUCGGUGCCUUUCAGAAGCUGUGGCAUGUGGCAGAGGGCGUACGAUUCGCUUUUGACUGCGUCAACAUCAUGAUCGGCACGAUGAGAUCCAUUUUCCGUUAUAUCCGUAACAUCAAGACCACGGAUCCGACAGCCUCGACGGACAAGAUCAUGAACAUGCUGUACCAAUCGCACAAUGUGGUCACAGAUUUACCAAUGGCUAUGUACCUCUGCACGGGCCACUACCCACCCCAGACGCUUGAUGUCUCCGGCCGUAUGCUGUCAACAAUCAACUGGAUUCUAUUGAAUGCUAUCGGCUACAAGGAAGACCUUUUCUCGAGUUGGUCUCGGUUCAAGGCUUUCCUUAUUGGGGCUAAUUUCACAGAAGCUGCGAACUCGAUCAACGAGACCGAGAUUGGCACGUUAAGUGACGCGAUGAAGUCGAAGUCAACGUGUGGAUACGAUUUGCGGUCGCUGACCGAUCGUACAUGGCGGACUGUAAACCAACUGAAAAUCGACAACCCCGGCAUUUCGGAAGAUAAUCUGCGACUGAAGAUGCAGAACACCCAGCUUGUGAGGUCUGACAUUGCUAUCGUCACCAACAACUGCAUGGAGCAGCUGAUUGAGGAGUCUGACGAAGCUACAGCUUACAAAACUCGUGAAAAGAUUCGCACGGCUUUCAGUGGCAUGGUCGAAGAUCUCGUUUCUAAAGGAAAGAGCAAAAACGGCUCGGAUGAGGAUGGGAAUUUCUUCAUGUACCAAGCAUUCGGAAAGACACUCAUCUCUAUCGCCGUCACCGGUUUCGAUAUGAUUGGAGUUAUGGGUCUUAUCGCAACGUAUCUCCAGACAAUCUGUGGGCCUACCAAUUUUAUGGGCGAAAUCGACGACGGAACGGAUCCCAAGACACUCGGCCUGACGAUGAUUCAACGGGCUUUCAAGAAUAGUACAAUGUCCUGGAAACGCAAAGGAGAUGGAGCAGUUCUUGUCAACUUUAACAGCAUGGACACGGAAGACGUGACGGUGAAUAUCAUGUCUGGUGGUGACAAGAUCGAUGAAGUAGACCUCAAAGCUGGGGGCAGUGCCCAAUGGAUAUCCAAUGUUACAACACUAGCUGGUAGGACACUGUACAUGGACCGCUGGCGUCCAGGCUUUCUUGGUCUUCCGGGCACAGGAGGUGGUUCACUUCUUCUGUGGGUGCCUCACGCAUCUGAAGGAGGUCACUUGGAGCUGCAAGUAAAGCUAAACGUCAGUUAG